UUUGUGUCUUGCUUGUUCGGUCAAGUAAAUAUUGCUUGUGCUCAUCUUGUUACUUUAACAGUAAUUUUGACAGGCGUGGGCAUCAUAUGGUUGGAAUGCAGGUUGCUGGAAGAAGACUAAGACUCUAGAAUAUCAAAUCAGUGUAGUUUAUUUUCUCUUGGAUUUUUUUUUCAGUUCAAGUAGAAGUUCAUUUUCUGCUUGUUUUAUAAAGUAAAUAUUGCUCUUGUGAUCAUCUUGCUAUUAUAACAUUAAUUUUGACAGGCGUGGCCAUCAUGUGACUGGAAUGGGAGAUGCUGGAACAAGACUAGGAUCUUAUUUCACAGUGCAGUUUAGUUUUUCGUUUUUAUAUAUAUUUUCUUUUAAAUUGAGUAGAAAUCAUGUCUUGCUUUUUCUAUCAUGCUCUUGUGCUCAUCAAGUUACUUUAACAUUAAUUUUGACAGGGAUGGACAUCACAUGACUGAAGUAACAGAUAUGCUGGAAGACUAGAAUCAUUACACAGAGCAGUUAUUUUUCUCAUUUUUGGACAUUUUCUUUCAAGUUGAGUAGAAACAUGUGUCUUGCUUGUUCCACUAAAUUAUUACCGCACUUGUGAUCAUCCCGUUAUUAUAACAUUGAUUUUAACAGGCGUAGGCAUCAUGUGACAGGAAUGAGAUGCUGGAAGAAGACAAGAACUUUAUUUCACAGUACAGUUUAUUUUCGCAUUUCGCUACUAUAACAUUAAUUUUGACAGGCGUGCCAUCAUGUGACUGGCGUAUGAUGUGGUACUGAAAGAAGGCAAAUCUCAAAUCACAGUUCAGCCCAUUUUUUUCUUUCUUUUGAGACAAGAAGAAAUCAGUGCCUUGCGUUUUCUGUCAAGUAUAUAUUGCUCUUGUACUCAUUUCUCUACUAUAUUACAUUCAUUUUGACAAGCGAGGGCAUCAUGUGACUGGACUGUGAGAUGCUGCUUACUUCACUACAGUUUAUUGUCUCAUUCUUUGACAUUUUCUUUUAUAUAAGUCGAGUAGAAAGCCGUGUAUUGCUUGUUCCACUAAGUAAAUAUUGCUGUUGUGCUCAUUUCGCUACAGUUACAUUCAUUUUGACAGGCGUGGGCGUCAUGUGACUGAAAUGGGAGAUACUGCACGAGGCAUGAAUAUCAAGUUUCAUUGGCGGGGUGGGGCAAGGAGAGGGCGACCUUGAGAUUAUAAGUGCCACAACCAAGUGAGGACAUUUAAAAACAGGAGCAUCACGACAGUAGUCAUGCAGAGGACAAGGGAGAAAUUUUAGAAAGUGGUUUUAUUUGACUUUGAGACCAAGGAAGAGGCAGAACGUAUUGAAGAGGUAAUAUACGACUUCUGAAACAUAGGAAAAAGAAACUAAAAUAAGAGUAGAAAUUAAAGUGUAUGGGUGAAUGCGUGGGAUAGUUAAAAAAGCAGACCAGCAGAACAUUAAAUAGUGAAAGGUAUAUACCAUGCAGGGGGCGGUUGAUGUUAAAAGUAUAGUAAGACUAGAAAUAAAUAUAAGUGUGAUAAGGUGAAAGUGAGAAGACAGACCAAGUGGAACUGAAAAUGAAAGUUAUAAAAGGCAGGGCAACAGGACACAUGAGAGUGGGAAGCAGUUGAUGUGAAGAACAAGAGUCUAAUGAAUGAAAGGAGGUUAGAGUGAAGAGAUAGACCAGCUAAACGGUGUAAAGGAAAUGCUAAAAAGGCAGACCAACAUAUCCCUGAAACCAAAUGUAUCGAAUCCCAUCAUAGAGGAACUUUAAAAGAACCAAAACCCCUAAACACAGCUCCAGAUAUGACAGUUCUACUCGAAUACUACUUGUUGCACAUCAAUAGUGUCCCUUAUACCGAGAUGAAGGCCGGUGUUGCGAGAAAUACCUCCUCGCAGAAAUAAAUCGCUCUGUUGUCCACUACGGAGGAAAACAUAUUAAUUUGCCUUAUUUUGUUCUAUUUUAUCCCUUUAUGAUCUUUGUGAUGGUUGAUAUUGCCCGCAAGAGGACAGCACACCAGACCAACAGACCAAACAAGCAUUAACUGAGAGAACAUCAACGUGGGGUAAUUCUUUCUAAAAAUCUGCCCUAUUCGUCUGUUAUACAGCCAUCCCUUGAUAGAAAGUGAUUCUCUGAUGUUUGUGCCGUGUGUUGGAGACGAAACAGGACAAGUAAACGAUAGCGGUGAGUGAAAUAUAGAAAAGGUGAGGAAGUUGAACCCCUCUGCGAGCUAUUUUGCGGCCGCGAGCUGAUUCCUGCAGCAACGGGCGUGGAGGCUGACAGCAGGCAGCACGGUCGGGCACAGACACAGAUUGACUCGGUGUGCAGGCCUGAGGGAGUGACACGCAGCCACCAUGAGCAAAUUGUUUAAAAUGGUGAUCCUUGGGGCGCCGGGCUCAGGCAAGGGCACCAUAUCCUCGAGAAUCCUGCGGGACUUUGGUCUGAAACAUCUGUCCAGCGGUGAUGUCCUUCGCUCCCAAGUCCUCAAGAAGACAGAUCUAGGACAGGCAGCUGAGAAGUACAUGAAGUCUG